AAGUCAAAAUAAUGAAAAUCUGAAAUAAAUAUCUUUUAAUUGUAAACCCCCAAAAAUUUAAUUAAAAACCUAUUAGUGGAUAUUUUCUCCAAGUGUAGUGAUGCUGCUGUCCAUGAGUAAUUGGCCCCGGCAAAAGUUUCCCCGCAUUGAGUCGGAUUUAAGCUUCGCUUUUGGACGAUCUAGCCUGAGUCUCGAGUCUGGAGUCGCGUUGAUCGCAGUUUGAAGAAAGAGCCGCCGGAAGAAACUAACGAAAUCUUAAGACCAUGGUCAAGACCAGUAUCUGCCUGAUAAAUAUAAUUUUCCUGGUGCUUCUGGGUCUGCUGGCUAUCGAGGCGGCACCCUACCAGGAGCUGGAGCCCCGCAAAGGUCACGUUCCCGUCUAUAUCCGUCACGGGGAUGAGCCCCUGAGCGAAAUCCAUCCAGGACUGGCCGAGGCCUUCAAGGAGGGCCAGUCCAAGUCGCCGGACAUUGAGAACCUGGUCACCCAACAACCCGAGGAAGUAACUACUCUGGAGACCACCACAUCCUCCGCAACAUCUCCGCCUCCUACUUCAACGGAAUCGGAUAUUGCCAGCUUUGAUGCCAUCAAAGGAGCGACAAAGGAGGAAUAAAUGCUAAAUGGAAACUUCUUUUAGUUUACAAAGUUAAUCCCAUCUGAAGAAGUAGCCCUUGCCCGAUGGGCAGUGCCGAAAUCGACAAAGAGAUGUAAAAAUAUUUAAAUACAAAAUAAAUAUAAAUGUUAAGAAAACAAA